AGAAAAACAUUUCAAUUUAAUUUAUUACAUUCUUUACAUUUCGUUAUUCGUGUUGCUGAAAAAACGACUGCACGUAACGAAAGUAUUUUGUAAUAAUUUUGUUAUUAUAUUUUCGUUUGAAAUAUAAUAAUAAGAUUGGAAAUAGUGGGCUAACGUUGUAUAUCAAUCUGUUUUGUGCCAAUAUGACUUACGGUAAUCUGAGCCCGUCUAAAGCAAAACCUGUGAAUAUUGGAGAGGUUGUAGAAAAAGCACGGGAUGCUUUUAACCGUGGCAUAACAAAACCUUUAGAAUGGAGGAAAAAACAGCUCAAGAGUCUUCUUCGAAUGUAUGAGGAGAACUACAAUGUUAUGAUUGAAGUAUUGCAAAAAGAUUUAAGAAGAAGCAAGACCGAAGCUGUGCUUCUAGAAGUUGAAUAUCUUAUUAAUGAUUUGAAGAACACUAUACAUUAUUUAGAAGAAUGGGCGAAACCAGAGAGGCCUGCAAAGGGUUUAGUCAACAUCCUCGAUGACGUUGUCAUCUACAACGACCCAUACGGCUUAGUGCUGGUCAUCGGCGCAUGGAACUAUCCCCUGCAACUUCUGUUGCUACCAAUGGCCGGUGCCAUUGCAGCCGGUAACGCAGUGGUCGUCAAGCCCAGCGAACUGGCCGAAGCCUCUGCUACAUUCAUUGCUGAGACUCUUCCCAAAUACUUAGAUAGUGACGCGAUAGCUGUAGUAGAGGGUGGUCCAGAGGAGACAACGGAGCUCCUAAAGAACAGAUUCGACUACAUAUUCUACACUGGUGGGACUAAUGUGGGAAAAAUUGUAUACAGUGCUGCUACCAAAAAUCUUACACCGGUCACGUUAGAACUUGGAGGGAAAAGCCCAACGUACAUAGACAACACAGUCGACAUGGAAGUGACCACGAAAAGGAUACUCUGGGGUAAAUUCAUAAAUGCCGGCCAGACCUGUAUCGCUCCAGAUUAUAUUCUGUGCAGUAGAGAAGUCCAGGACAAGUUCGUGGAGUACGCUAAGACCAUACUUAAAGAAUGGUAUGGAGAGGACCCACAAAAGUCCUCAGACCUAUGCAGGAUUAUCAACAGCAGACAUUAUAGUCGCUUGCAAGCGUUAUUAAACGCGAGUAAAGAUAAAAUCGCCAUCGGAGGUAAAAGUGACUCCCAGGACCGAUACAUAUCGCCCACCAUACUCACUAAUGUGUCCCCGGACGACAAAAUAAUGGAGGACGAAAUAUUCGGCCCAAUUUUACCGAUCGUGCCCGUCGAAAACGCUUACGAAGCCAUCAAAUUUAUCAACGCCAGAGAAAAGCCGUUGGUGCUCUACGUUUUCACACAAAGCGGUGCAGUCCGAAGGAGUUUAACCGAUAAUACAUCUAGUGGAGGAAUGUGCAUAAACGAUACCAUGAUGCAAAUGGGAGUUGAUACACUGCCCUUCGGCGGAGUGGGAAACAGCGGCGUCGGAGCCUACCACGGGAAGGCUUCCUUCGACACCUUCACGCACAAGAAGAGUUGUCUCAUCAAGAACUUUGCAGCGAUCGGUGAAAAACUCGCUUCUGGGCGUUACCCUCCGUACACUGACGGCAAGCUGAGUUUCAUAUCGAUGUUGAUGCGCAAGCGCCACGGGCCCUCCCUCAAGUUCCUGCCUUAUCUCCUGACCUUUGCGUUGGGGGCAUCCGUCGCCUACGGCAUCACUGUCUGGCAGAAGAUGGGAGGUGAAGAGCUUUAAGAUGCAAUGCAGGCUCAGUGAAGAUAUAUAAUGUGAUGUUAUAAAUUUAUACCCUAUUUAUAUCAAAUUAUAUGCAAUGGAUUGUACUCCAUUUUUAUCUGAAACAAUAAUUAGGGUGUAAAUGUAGGUUUAGAAUGUUAAUUUUUAUGCUGUAAGAAGGAUAGUUAGGACCUAUAUUUUAAUUCUGUAUAUGGUCAUGGUCACACUUCUUAAUGUCCUGCCCUCUGAGCAGUGUUUAAUACUGAAGUUAUUGUCUUUAGUUUUGUGUAAAUUUAUAUUUAUAGAAAUGUGCACAACAGCAUAUAACAUUGAAGAACCCAAUAAGCAUUUCAUUGGAUACUUUAUCCAAAUUUACCAAGCUUAAUAAUUUUGGUAUGUAUAUGUUUUAGAUUAUGACUAACAGGCUACUGUAAUAAAAUGCAUUUAUUUUAUAUACUUACCUUAUACUCACAAACAACAGUUUCUUUAGAUCUAUACAUUAUAAAAUGCACUGGUUUUUUACAUAAUUUCUUAAACUGAGAAUUUUA